AUGUCUGGGAAAGUAAAACCGUUUGAUUAUCGGACAAGGUCCACCAUUUACACAUUGGCCAUAUUCGUUGUGGGAAUUCUGGGGUUAUUCUCAUGGUAUAGUAGUUUCCUCCCAACGUUCACAGAGAAACAACAGUCGUUGUACCGACCGCAAUUCGACGACACACUGGGCGUCACCUUUGCCGACCUUCGGUAUGAUUCUCAAGGUACUGCCAAUGGUUGGCAAAAUGAGGAACGAGUGCUAUUCUUGGUCCCCUUGAGAGAUGCCGCUGAACAUCUACCAAUGUUUUUCAGUCAUAUGCGGAACAUGACGUACCCCCAUCAUCUCAUUGAUAUUUCCUUUUUAGUUUCUGACUCAAAAGACGAUACGUUGGGGGUCUUGUAUUCGUCAUUGAAAUCAAUUCAAGAAAGCAGUGACCCAGAUUUACCAUUUGGCGAAAUAGAGAUCUUUAAAAAAGAUUUUGGACAGUCGGUUGGGCAAGGUUUCUCCGACAGACAUGGAUUUGCAGCACAGGGUCCACGUAGGAAAAAUAUGGCAAAGGCAAGAAAUUGGUUAACUGCAGUGGCUCUCAAACCCCACCACUCUUGGGUGUAUUGGAGAGAUGUCGAUGUUGAGACGAUUCCACCAACAAUCAUUGAAGAUUUGAUGGAACAUGAUAAAGACAUCAUUGUUCCCAAUGUCUGGAGACCGUUGCCGGAUUGGUUAGGGGGGCAACAGCCUUAUGAUUUGAAUUUAUGGCAAGAAAGUGAUGGUGGCUUGGAAUUGGCCUCAUUAUUGAGUGAAGAUGCAGUCAUUGUGGAAGGUUAUCCAGAAUAUGCUACGUGGAGACCCCAUUUGGCAUACUUGAGAGAUCCAUAUGGUGACCCGCAAACAGAGAUGCAGUUGGAUGGUAUAGGUGGUGUGUCGAUUCUGGCUAAAGCUGCUGUUUUCAGGUAUGGUUCGCAUUUCCCAGCUUUUUCCUUUCAGAAACAUGCGGAGACAGAAGGUUUUGGUAAGAUGUCGAAAGCCAUGGGAUUGGAAGUUGUUGGGUUGCCUCAUUAUGUGAUUUGGCAUAUCUAUGAGCCAUCUGAUGAUGAUUUGAAACACAUGGCAUGGAUGGCCGAGGAGGAAAUUCGACAAGCUAAAAUGAAGGAGUUCUCCAAGAUAUACAACAAGAACUUCAAGUUGGGCUUUGAGCCAGUCACCUCCGAGGAGUGGGAAAUUGAAAAAGGUAAAAUACUGAAAAAUUCAGACCCAAUAAAGCUGAACAAGUUUAUCUACGUUGACUGGUCGGACUAA